CGGCGGGGGGCGGCGGGGCCGCCGGCUGCGGGCGGUGGCGGCGGCGGCGGGUGAAGGGCAACGACGGCGAUGGGUGCUAUGGGCUGAUUGGUAAAGAUGGAAAGAGGGAGAGGAGGAGGAGGAGGCGGAGGAGGAAGGAACGUGGGAGGCUCCGGCCUGCACAGGAGCAUCUAUUCCCAGUCCCAGCAGCAGUACCAUUACACGGCCCCCUCUCAGGGGGGCUGCAUGGAGAUCCAGGAGCUGGCCUCCAAGAGGGUGGACAUCCAGAAGAAGCGAUUUUAUCUGGAUGUGAAGCAGAGCUCCCGGGGCCGAUUCCUGAAGAUCGCAGAGGUCUGGAUUGGGAGAGGCAGGCAGGACAACAUCAGGAAAAGCAAGCUGACACUCUCCCUGUCCGUGGCCGCCGAGCUGAAGGACUGCCUGGGUGAUUUCAUUGAGCACUACGCCCACCUGGGCCUGAAAAGUGGCCACAGGCAUGAGCACAGCAAUGGCAAGGAGCAGCACUCGAGGCAGCGCCAGCAGCACCCGCCGCCCUCACCCUCGGGCUCUGUGGGCUCUGAAGAGCACCCUCAUAGCGUCCUCAAAACAGAGUACAUCGAGAGGGACAACAGAAAAUAUUACCUUGACCUGAAGGAGAAUCAGCGGGGCCGCUUCUUGCGGAUCAGGCAGACGAUGAGCCGGGGACCUGGCAUGAUUGGUUAUUUUGGCCACAGCUUGGGACAGGAGCAGACUAUUGUCCUUCCGGCGCAAGGGAUGAUCGAGUUCAGGGAUGCUUUGGUCCAGCUGAUUGAAGAAUACGGCGAGGGGGACAUGGAGGAUCGCAGGGGUGGGGGAGAUGAGCCCCCUGAGCUCCCUGAGGGCACCUCCUUUCGGGUGGACAACAAGAGGUUCUACUUUGAUGUGGGAUCCAACAGGUAUCCAAAGGCUUGGGUAAACCAGGAGUGUCUGAUGGAGAGGAAAAUACAUAUUCUUGCAGAUAAGCCUCAAAAGCUGCUCGUGAUCUAACUGUCAAAAGAAAUGAUAUUGACUAAACUGGGAUGCUAAAGGUCUAAGAGUUUCUUCUAGGACUAACAAGAUGCCUGUUUAAGCACAAGAAUGAAUCUAGUGGCUGCCUGUGCCAGUGCAGUUUGGAAUACAGGUUUCUUCCGUGUUUUCCCAUAUCUUUAAGGAUUGUUGCAUACAGGUGUAAAACACUGUUUUCAUCGUCCAGUAAUUUGAAUAGUCACCAACAUUUACUUGAACUUUGCCAGUUUUAACUAGGUUUUCUUUUAAAAUGACAUUCACCUGUGUUACUUCUGCCUUUCCUGCCAUCACUGUUUGUGCUUGUGUCCUCUUAUUCCCACUUCUCCUUAUAUCAGUGGGCUUUCUAGCUUUCUGCAUUGCUGCUAUUUUUUUCAUACUAAUUGGGGUCACAAGGCAAAACAGGCUAACACUCAGUUGUUUUUUUUUCAUGUGAUCCUUCCAGCAGUAAAAUACUCAAUACACAACAAACUCAUUCUGCUUUAAAUAGCUUGAACAUUAGUACCUUAUUGGGACCUGAAAAAAAAAUAGCAUCAGUAUGUCUGUUACUAGAGGGGUUGUGCCUUUCAAAGUGUUUCAAAAUCUGGUUGCAAAUCACCUUUGUCACCAAGAGUGACAAACAACUGCAGCUGCUUUGAGUAGGAAAUGGAAAUAUCUUGUACUGGAAGGACAAAAUUCCCUGGCUGUUUGGAAGUUAGCAAGACAUGAAAUGUUGAUGUUCACUCUCAGCCAUUUUUGCUUUCUACCCAUGCUGUUCCUACUUUCUCCAAAAAGGUUUUAAGCACCUACUCUGGUAUCCCAGGCAGAAGCUGUGUGUCAGGCCACUCAAAAAGCUGUUCAACUAGUUUGUCGUAAUGUAGUUGUGUCAUUUCUUUCCAAGCUGUGCUUCAAGCAGCUCCCAUCUAGCAAUGCAAAAGAACUGCUUGAAGAGCUCUGUUGUUUUUUUGUUCUUUUUUUUUUUUUUCCAGCUCCCAGAAGCUUAAUCUGUUGAAAGUUAAUUGGAUUUUCUUUCGUAACAUUUUUAUUGCAAGGUGAUCCAAGGUUUUGUGUAGGUUUAGCUAUAAAGAAAUUCCUCCUAUUCUAUGCAGCAUCCUGCAUUACUCUAAUCAUUUGACACAUAUAUGUGAGUGCCUUCCAGAAGUGCAUUUAAGCAUAAUGACUAACAUCUGUCACACAGCAGUUGUUCUUUCUUUCAUUCUCUUCCUCAGAGAAGGCUGGAUGUGCCAAUGCAGCCCUGGUAUUUUUAACAUAAAUUAAUUAUCCAUUCUGUUCUGCAUUAAUGUCCUAAAGGGUGAGCUGAAGCACAUCUUGUGCUAACAGCAGCAGACCUUGACAGCUUCACAGCCAGGAGCAAACCAGAAAACUUUUGGGCUCCCAGGUAGCAAAGUUUAGCAUUUGCACAGAAGGCUGGCAUUGCACUGGAGGAGAACUUUCCUCCUUGAACUUCACCUAGCUCUAAAUGCUGGGGGAGGACAAGGAGCAUCGAGGAUUUUGCUGUUACUCUGUUUGUGAAUAUUGAAUUGAUGCAAAAAAGAUCUCACCUCCAGAGAGCAAAUGAAAAGCCAAAGGCAACCCUGAGUUCAGGCAGAGGAGUUUGAGUAGGUAAGGCAGGUGCUAUCUUGUCAUGUUACUGAGUUUGUAAGUCUGUGUUCACACCAAAUACCUUUCCAGUCACUUCUGGUCUCCCUGGCUCCACCUUACCUAAUAGGUUACCACUUUGCCCACCUCUCUGGAAAUUGAAGGUAUUUGUUUUAUGUGUUUCUAGCUUCUAAAUGCUCUCUGGCAAGUGAAUUUUGUCAGUGAGUGUGAAUUCAGCUCAUUCAUCUCUUGUUCCACCCAUAAUCAUAAAAAAAGAUUUUACUUAGAAGUGUUCUAAAAGCGUAGUAUCCUCACGAUUGCUUUUAUUUCUCUCACAAAAGGCUGGUGAAGCACCUUGCUGCAGGCAGCAGUGAUCUGCUGCAAAUGGAAGAAGCACCCUGAUGCCCAUUGGCAGGUUUAGAGUAUGCGCUGCAAACCCAGAGAUUACAGGCUGAAGUUUUCUGUUAAUCUCUAAAAUACUGAAGACAGCUUUUUAACUUUGAUCAGGUUUCAUAAUGCCUCAACCCGGCAGAAUUAGGAAAAUACCUUUUUGGCUCAAACCCUUACUUAGAAAGCUGAGAACAAGCACAGCAUUCGAUGAGGUGAACCAAGCCUCAUUCCUGUUGUCUCAGAACAUAUCUUUUCAAUUGGUAUUCUUUCUCUCCAUCUGUCUGCAAAACAUCAAGGUCACUAGAGCAGUGCAGAUAGCAGCCUGUGUCUGAUGUUCUUUGGCCUUAACCAUUCCAAUGACUAAAGGCAUCCUGUUCUGCAGCCUUCAUGUACUUACGCAGCUAUUGCGUGGACAGUGGGAAUUUGGGAGCACACAGAUGUUAACUGUGGGUUGAGGCGAGUUUCUGCGAGGUUGGGGGUCACGCUGCAGCAAAGCAGCAGUUAUUUAGCUUAGCAGUUGUUUAGUAACUCUCACUUAUUCACUCUGUGAUCAUUCUCAUGUCAGGUAGGGUUGCACAAAGUAGUUACCUAGGGCAGAUUUGACCACAUGCCUUUUGUAGUCUAACUGGUGACUAACACGCUGUUAGGAUGCAAGAAUCUGACUUGCAGUCAACAUGCAACAGCUUCCCCAGAGAUGAGCAUUUCUGUGUCUACUAGGAGUACUACUCUGAGCAUGGACUAUUGCUUCUUAUCACAACUUUGUGAUGUGUUAUGUGUUACUGUAAUUCUGUUUCUCAGAAGGCAGAAGUAGGCUGCAGUCUGAAAGUACAAAUUUUGAGCUAAACACUGCCAUUCAAAUUGGUUGCAAAAUGGAGUUGCUUCUUUCUGUGCAUGUAACAGCAAGUCCCUAACACAACAUUUUGGGAAUCAGCCCAAGGAGCUAGCCAAGUUAAUAAAUUUAGGUUUGUAGAAUGAGCAUAGCCACAGCAAAGUUGAUACGAAGAUGUUGAGAUAAGAGUUGUGCAUCUGCUAGUCUUCCAUCCACUCUCUUGUAGUCCUGCUCUGGCUCCAGGUUUUGCAGCAGGUGAUGAUGGUGAAGGGAACCACCACAAUGAGGUGCCAUCAAAGCCUGCCCAUGGGACCUGGGUCAAAGUAGGAGUGAAGGGAUGAUGCUCCAGCUGGGCUUGAGUAUAUAAAGAGUGGGAGGGAGGUGGAAGAGGAACUGUACUGUACAUGGACGUUUACAGGAGACUGCAUCUCAUGAGCUCCCCUGCUGCUGUUGAGCAGGACAAAAAGCAGGAGGCAAGUGGUCUUGCAACCCAGGAUUAUAUUAACUCAGUGAGCAAAGAACAGGAAAGGUGAAAACAGAUCUGUUCUGGAUACUGCAGGAGCACAACUAUUUCAGCCUACCUUCACUAUCUAAUAGAAUUUUGGAGGAAGGAGAUCACUCUGGGGAGUAUGUGGACAUUUCUGUCUGUGGGAUCUGAAAGCGGUGGCAUGCAAUUGGUGUGUGUUCAUUGCAUUCCAGCCCCUGACUUCAGUAACAGCAUUUUCUACUUAUACCAGCACAGGCAUCUCUCAGUGCUCUUGAGGGUGACCCUUUGAGUCUUGCCAUCUUACAAAUAAGUAAAUAAAUGAAUGGAGAAAGUGCUGAAACUCCAAAUCUAGUAAAGAAACAGUCAUUUUUGCUUGCUAAGGUAUAGAGGAGAAGACAUCAUGUCAAAAGUAUUUCUGCAUUCCCCCCAAAAGAGGAACAGAAAAGUUAGAAGAGGAGGCUCUUGAAAUAUUGGUGAAAGGUAGAAGUGAAGACUAGGCUUGGAUAUUUGGUUUGGAUAUUAUAGACUGCACAACAGCCCUCUGGGGUAGGACUGAGGUACUGCUCAUGUAGUCUGUAUCUGAACCUCUUUUUGAGAUAGGCCCUUAAAAGCUGUCCAGCAGAGACUCAGCCUUCCUUGCCCCUCUGUGCUGAGGAAGAGAAAUCAUGACCUGGGGAUCUUCUUACCCUCCUCAGCUUCUUAGGCUCUUAACAAUGCGAAGAAGCUCACAUCCUCUUCCAUUCUGCUUCAUUAUGCUUGACGUCCAACAGAAAGCACACAUUUGUCUGUACUGCCCUGUUUUUUUAGGUUGUAAUGAAUUUUAACUUUUCACAGCAAUGGACUUGCUAUUUUUUUAGUUGCAUACAAGAGGUUCAUUUCCCUCUUAAAACGGAGCGGAAAAAGAAAAAAAAAAUCAGCUAAACGCCCAUGCUUGCUUUCAGAGCCUGAGGGGUGCACUGGAUUAACACCUGAGGGAUGGUUUGCCACUGCAGAAUUUGGGCACUGACAUGAGCACAGCAAAUGCAGCAGUGGCUUCGCUCUUUGUCCAUGCUGCAACCCUGCAGCAGCCCUUGACCUGCUACAAUACAUCCUGGGGCAGCCCUCUGCAGUUGUUCAAACCCCUUGCCAACCUCUUCCUCUUUGCAGCUGUGAGGCUGUGCACAAGACGACAAGCAGGAGACAAUGACAUGGGUGUUUUUCACUUGCCUCAGCCUAAACACCAGCCUCUUUUUGUCAUCCAGUCUUCCAGGAGCCUUUUCUGCAGUCAUUCUUGCCAAUACUCUAGCAGAGAUCUUUUAUCCUGUCCAGCUCACAAGCCUUGGCAACUGAAGCAGUCCCAGCCAGCUAUGCAAUGCAGCUCCACAAUGCUAAAUAUUACCAGUUUCAGAAAACGUGACUCCGACAGAAGGCUUGGACUGUGAGUUAGGAAGAACAUAGAUUUUUUUAUAUGCAUUUAAAGAGGGGGUUCACUUCAACCUUCCCCAAAAGGCUUUCAAGCCAGACAGCUAUUUUUUUUUAAAGUUAUUUAUUAAAAAGUAAAAAAUCAGUAAGUUUGUACUAGUAAAACCUACAACUCUCUUUUACCAGUGAUGGAUUUUUUCCUUCCUCCUUGAAUUUUGUAUGGAUGCAGAAACUAAUGCAAAAUAAGAGUUGCAAUAUCAGAGGAGAUCAGAACAAAGUGUUCCUUUGGAUGGAAUUUGAUGCAAUUUUAAGCUGCUUGUAGAAGAUUGGCUGUGAAGGUGAACUAAUUUGGGCUGAAAAAGCUGUUUCUGUUAAACUAUAUUGGGUGUGCUUCAGAAGAUGGUCCUAAAUAGUGUUUUGUUUUGUUUUUUUAAACCACCUCUGACAUCUAGGAAAGAUAAACAUAUUUUUGUCUUAGAUUGUAGGUGUGAUUCUUGCUGUAAGAAACUUACAUUUUUUAGAAACCAUCUCAGAAAGACAUUUAAAGCCAAAAAUAUUGUACGGAAGCCUAAAAAGAACAAAACAGAAAUCACAGAUCUGAGUCAGCACCAGGCCACCAUGUGCAGAGAUUUAUGGCUAAGUUAGAUAUGAGUUGUGACCCACCUGCCUGCAUUCCUGGCCAUUCCCACGCUCAGUCUGGUGCCUGCAGAGCCCCUGACCAAGGCUGGCCUUUCUCACUCUCCUGCACGGUGUUGGUGCUGCAGCAUUGCAACCAGACAAGAACUCGAGUUGGCUGCAUUUUGGGGGCCCUCUGCUCCUGAUGUAAUAUUUGGUCCCUGGCUGAUGUCAAGUAAAGACCUUGCUUUCUGCCAAGCUAAACCCCCUACUGUUUCAACUGCACUUUACCCUCUUUUCUUUCUACUCAUAGAUACUGCACAUACUGCUUAACUGCUGCUGCAUUUAAUUCCAGAAGCUGUAGUUGGUGGCAGGCAAAGUGAUCUACAUACAACCUCUGCCUUACUCAUAAGCGUACAUUACGAAGCUUAGCCAGCAUUAAUAAAAUGUUUUGCUUUCAAUGUGCUGUCCCUGUGGUCCAAUGUUCCCAUCAUCAGGCUCCACGGUUACAAAAGCUCAAUAUAUCGGUGUUCUCUGGCUGCCUUCAGUUUCAUAAUGCUGGAUGCAGACCACAAUGCCCAGCUAUGUGGGUGGGUAUCCAGCUAGGACUAGAAAGCAGAUAGAUAGUUGUUUAAUGCUUCUAGGCUCAGAAAAUGCACAAAGGCUCUGAAGUUAGACUUCAGAUGUCCCUAUGUGCCUGCUGACUUUCUAUUUUCUGCUGCUUCAAUGCUUGCUGUGUUAGAGGGGCUGUGGUGGCAGCAUCCCUCAGUAGAAGGAGCAGCAGCGGUGGCUAGAAGGUCCUGUAAAUGAAUUUAUCACACAUGCAUCACUCCCCUCCGUGCAAUUCAGGCUUCACUGGGAUUGGAUACAGGUGGCCACACAAGGGGCGGUUCUUGCUGUCUUUCUUGGCCAUAAACCAAAGUUGGAGGUUCCUUUCCCCAUGUGAUUGUCUCACCACGCAGUUUCGGGUAUAGGUUGUUUCUCACUGCUCUGUGAACCUAGUGCUUGGUUUUCUUCAGCACUUUAUGAACCAUUCCAAGAGUUCAUGACUUUUUUUUUUUUUCUU